AUGCCGCCCUUCAACCCUCCCCAGCCUGGUCCAAAUGAGCCCUAUGUUGUCAAAGGUAUUGACGUCAAGCCUGGACAGAAGCCCGGCAUCCGCCAAGAACUGCGAGAGUUCAAGAAGAAUGAGGACGCGUGGAACCUCUACCUGCUUGGUCUCUGGCAGUUCGAACUAGUUCCUCAGGACAGGCUGCUGUCGUACUUCCAGAUCGCGGGCAUUCAUGGUCUGCCAUACAAGGGAUGGCCCGAAAAUGAUCCCGAACUCCUCAAACUGGAGAGGCAAAGGACUAGAGAGGAUGGGUUCGGAGGAUUCUGCACCCACUCCUCUAUUCUAUUCCUUACCUGGCAUCGACCCUACUUGGCCCUUUUUGAGUCUGUCCUCCGGGAUGCCAUGAUGCAUGUGGCGAAGCAGUUCACCGCGGAAGAAGGCCAAGAAAAGUACGUGGCCGCUGCUGAGGCAUUCCGGAUGCCAUUUUGGGAUUGGGCUCGUCCAGACCUCCCAGUGUUUCCCGCCGAGGCUUCCAGCUCCAAGGUCGUUCAAGUCAAGAUGCCAGAUAGCCUGAGGAAGGAGUACAACUUCCCGGCGGGCAAACUCGUCGAAAUCCCCAACCCCUUAUAUUCAUACAAGUUUCAACCCGGCACGCAGGAGAAUAUCAAGGUCGACAGGUUGUCAACAACGACUCGCUAUCAUCAACGCGGCAAAUCCGAGGAGGAAGAGUCAGCGGUGAGCAAGCGAGAUCUCCUCAUCGAGUCCAUCACGCCAUAUACCAAAGGGGUCGACGACGGAUUGAGAAUGGAGGUCAACCUUCGCGAGCGAGUGGUUUACCUUCUCCAAUCCUACGAGCUUUUCGAGCAGGUAAGUCUGAACAAGGUCCCCCCUGGGGUUGUGCAGCCGGGCAAGGGACAAGACGAGACCGUGAGGAAAGGCCGCGGCUUCGGAAGUUUCGAAGAUGUCCACAACACCGUCCAUGUUCUCAGCGGCGGUACUGGCGACAGAUCUGGCCAUAUGGGAAGAACCUCCUACUCAGCUUUUGACCCCAUCUUCUGGCUCCAUCACACGAACAUCGACCGCCUUCUCGCUAUCUGGCAGGGCCUGCGUGAGAAUCCUGACAAAGAAGACGCCUGGGUCACAAACCAGAUAGCAGGGGAUGGAAACUGGGCCGUACCCACGGGGGGCAAAGAGGGGAACCAAACACCACUCUUGCCAUUCUACAGGACGGCAGACAAGGCCGUUCCUGGCCCGGAUAAGUUUUGGAAAUCCAGCCAGGUCCGGGAUACGGCAACGUUUGGCUACGCGUACCCAGAAACCCAGCACUGGGAUUUUGCUGAUCUUGCCCUUUAUCGCGAAAGCAUUAAGGACCAACUUCGUUCCCUCUAUCCAUCCGGGUCACUGGCAAACAUGGUCGUGGCCACGAGGGGAGGAAAUGAGAAGCCAGAUGUCACGCUCAGGGAGCGCGCCACGAGGCUCAGGCAGGUCCAAAAAGUCGACGCACCCAAUACCGCAUUGACUGCCCUGUCUCUCGCUCAUGCGGCGAAGCCCGCCGUUGCAAAAGAGCUGCAGUCGAUUCUCACGGACCUAGAGGUUCCCAAGGUCACCAUCCCCAAAGAGCGCUCAGUGGCAGACUUAGUCAAGGGCCAAACUUACCUAGAGUGGCUCGUCAACAUCAAGGCGGUAAAGCACGCCCUCGCGGGCCAGUACGGGGUCCACGUCUUCCUUGGCGAUGUGCCGGAGGAGGAACCGACUACUCUUUACGUCGUGUCGCCGUAUCAUGUCGGAACCUUUUCUCCCUUUGGCCAGGAUGAAGAGACUUCGUGCGGCAAGUGCAAGGAGGACCAGGCCGCCGGUCUUGAGAUCAGUGGUCAGAUCCCUCUUACCAUUGCUCUAGCUGAGCGCUACUUUGCCGGCCAGCUACCCAGUCUUGAAGAAGAGGAUGUCAGGGAUUAUCUUACGAAAAACCUCCACUGGGAAGUCGUUGACCAAAACGGUCAGAGACUCAGGCGCCGUCGAGAUGACCUCGCGGGCCUGCUUGUUGGUGUUGUCAGCAAUGAAGUCACGCUUCCUGACACUGAGAAUGGGUUCCCCAGCUACUCCGAGUACAUCAAGGUGUAUCCCGAAAUCACUACCAACAGGGAAGGAAACGGCCGUGGAGAAGGAACAGGAGUUACAGAGGGGCAGGAGAAAUUCUGUUGUUAG